AUGACGCUGUAUAGUUUUUUAGCCCUUGUGGCAUUCUAUUGUAUUUGUAAGGCAAAGCGUAUCGCAAAUCCUCAGGAGGCGUUUAUGGACAGAUUUGACAUAGCGAAGAAUCACAUAAAUAUAAAGUGGUCUACAAACGGUAGGUUAGGGGAAGGGGACUAUAAAUAUGAUAUAGAUGAUGGGGAGAAUACAGACUUUGAGCUGAGCACAGAGAGUAUGACGGGAACCUGCCCAGACAAUGGAGCCCAAGAAAUGUACAAGGGUAGUUGUCCCGAUUAUGGGAAAACAUUCGUAAUGGAUCUGAACGUAGAUGAGUAUAAUGAGGAAUUUUUGGACGAAAUGAGUUUCGGUUUGUUGAACAAGAAAUUAAAUCUUUCAAUAGAAAUUCCAGUGGAGAAAAGUGGGAUGGCCAUGUACCAAGGUCUCUUCAAGCGUUGCCCUUUGGACGAAAAUCAUAGUUCGCUCAUAAGGAAGGAACAUGUAUAUGAUAUGUGUUUUGAACGAAUUUACAAUCGUAUGGAAUUAACUGAUAGAAAUAAAAAGCGUACCUUGAGGAAUAAUUAUUUACACUUUGGAUGGCACGGAUUAGGAGGUCGAUUCGGAUCCAAUAUAGAUUACCCUCUACAUGAUUAUAAUCCGUCAGAAAGUCAUGUGACUAGAAAAAUGGGGUUCUCAGGUUUAAUAAGAAAUUUGUCCGACUGUUCUAUUUAUUCCUACUGUAUGGGUCCAUGUUUUGGCAAAGAUUUUAAUAAUGAAUGUUUUCGCAGUUUACCUGUCGUUUUCAACCACAGAACGAAGGAGUGUGUUAUCCUCGGUACACAUGAAGCAAGUAGAAGAAGAAAUUGCCUGUCUCAGAAUUCAUAUGGUUUUGAAAGAUGCUUUGUGCCAAUGAAGAAGGAAGCAGGGAAAGAAUGGACGUAUGCAUCAUCAUUUUUGCGUCCAGAUUAUGAAACAAAAUGCCCUCCAAGAUUUCCAUUAAAUGAUACAGUAUUUGGCUACUACAAUCAUAGAACUGGUGAAUGUAAAUCUGCUGUGAAGAAUAAUCGUGGGAAUUAUAAGUCAACUUUCAAAAAUUGUAUUGAAGGACUAUUCAAUCAUCCUGAGGGGGAUAGGGGAAAUGGCAGAAAUAAUUUCUUAUGGGGGGUUUGGUUUUUAGAAGGUAGUUCGGAAAAAUUAAGUUCCAUGAAUGAUAUUGGAAUGUGUUCCAUUUUGAGGGAGAAACCAAAUUGUGUCUUGAAGAAGGAAAAGCACUAUUCCUUUACGAAUUUGACGGCGAAUUCUUUUGAUUUUGCGCAAAGUGUGACAUAUCCACAGGUGGAGGAGAUGCAUGAUCAGGAGAAUGGAGUAAGUAAUUUGGGAGAGACGGCAUGGGAAGGUAGGGAAGAAAGAAUAGAUUUGAGCGAAGUAGAUGGAAAGAGGGAAGAAGCAGGGAGCGAAGAUAAAGAAAUAAAAGAGACAGAAACAUACCAAAAUUUGCAAAAGAAUAGAAAAACAGAAAUAAAUGAGCACAUGGGAUUAAGCAAGGAAAAUCUUAACUACAUGCUCCCCGUGCAAAUGAGGCACGAAUCAACUCAUUCAAAUAGGAACGAUUCUAUUUUUAGAAGAAAGGAUGAACCUAUAAGCCAAAUGCUUGAACUAAAUCAGCCAUCCAAAAGUUAUUUGCACAAUCUAGGUGCUCGUGGAUGGGGAAGAUACAACAUUUCUCAUUGGAACUCCCGUAGAAUAAAUAACGGCUCAGUUUCCCAGAAUGAAGGAAAUAUGAGUUCCAAAUUGUCUAAAAACCCUCAAUCUAAAUUUAUGGAAAGAUUUGAUAUUCCGAAAAAUCAUAUUUUUAUCAAUUGGAAAAAGGACGGAGAAUUCGGAGAGGGUAAUUUGAAGUACGAUAUUUUAUCGAAUAAAACGGCUGGUACCGCUCAGUCCUUAUUAAUUGAUAAUUAUAAUGACGUGUGUCCAAAUCAUUCAAUUCCAGGAAGGGCACAAGGAAGUUGCCCGAACUAUGGGAAAGCUAUCAUUGUCGAAAGACCUGAAAAUAAGAAUGAAGAUAGUAAUUUUAAUUACGAAUCUUUAAAUGAAAUACAUACUGGUUAUUUGGGAAGAAUAAGCAUCAAUGUUGUCGAACUUCCAUAUGAUAAAAGUGGAAUAGCUAUGCAUCAUGGUUUUCCAGCAUCUUGUCCAAUAGAUAAACAGGAAGAGAGGUUGCUUCAAAGAAUGAAUGAUUACAAUUAUGAUAUGUGCAAGUCUAGGGUGUUUCCAUCUCCAUUAUCCAUGAAGGAAUUGGAUUACAGAAAUCGUACACUUAAGUAUUAUGGCCUUUAUGGUUUCGGUGGUCGAUUAGGUUCGACAAUUUCAAUUAAUUCAAGAAAUGUAGGAAGAGGUGAAAAGCGUACGAAUAACAUAACGCUGCCAAUGAAAAACCCAGGGUUAAUAAACAACUUGCUCGAUUGCUCUAUAUACUCUUAUUGUUUAGGACCUUGUAUGGAAGGAACAUACAGAAAUAAAUGCUUCCGAAAUUUACCGGCUUAUUAUAAUCACGCAACAAAUGAAUGUGUUAUACUUGGUACACAUGAACAGGAAAGGAACAGUAACUGCAGGAAGGAAACAAGUGACUUAAGUAGACCGAACUGCCAGAAGAUUAGGAAAACCUUAGAUUCAAAGGAUUGGACAUAUGUUACUUCAUUUAUUAGGCCUGAUUAUGAAGAAAAAUGUCCACCUAGAUUUCCUCUCAAUUCCAAAAGUUUUGGGAUCUACGAUGAACGAACAGGAAAAUGCAGAAGUCUCAUUGGAGAGGAUAAUUACGUCGGUAUUCAAAAUUUCGGAGGCUGCUUAGAAUAUUUGUUUAUUAACUCUCCAAAAGAUUUAUAUAAUAGUGAUAGAAAAAAAUAUUGGGGUGUUUGGAUUGGAAAAGAGCCGGUUAAUGAUUAUAAUAUGUUUAGGGUUACUGGGGAAUGCUAUCAUAUACUUCAAAAACCAACUUGCGUCAUCCACAAAGAGAACCAUUUUUCAUUCACAUCUCUCACAACAAAUUACAUUGAUUUUUAUCAGAACUUUAACAUAGAACCUGUGGAAGAAUUGGUUGAGCGUAGAGAUAUAAUUGAUCUAGAUAAAGAGGGGAACCAUUAUGGGAGAGCUGAGGCUAGGGCGCAGGUGGGGCAAGACAGGGGGCUAAAUCCGUCAGAUUUUGAUUUCACUGCUAAGAAGGACAGUCGUGCAACAGAGGCGACGGAAGAGGCUAAGAAAAAAGCGGAAGAGGCUAAGAAAAAAGCGGAGGAGGCUAGGAAAGCGGAAGAGGCUAAGAAAAAAGCGGAGGAGGUUAGGAAAGCGGAGGAGGUUAGGAAAGCGGAGGAGGUUAGGAAGGCUGAGGAGGCUAGGAAAGCGGAAGAAGACAAAAGGAAAGCUGAGGAGGCUAGGAAGGCUGAGGAGGCCAGGAAAGCGGAGGAGGCCAGGAAAGCGGAGGAGGCUAGGAAAGCGGAGGAGGUUAGGAAGGCUGAGGAGGUUAGGAAGGCUGAGGAGGUUAGGAAGGCUGAGGAGGCUAGGAAGGCUGAGGAGGUUAGGAAAGCGGAGGAGGUUAGGAAGGCUGAGGAGGCUAGGAAGGCUGAGGAGGUUAGGAAGGUUGAGGAGGCUAAGAAAAAAGCUGAGGAGGCUAGGAAGGCUGAGGAGGUUAGGAAGGCUGAGGAGGCUAGGAAGGCUGAGGAGGUUAGGAAAGCGGAGGAGGUUAGGAAGGCUGAGGAGGCUAGGAAGGCUGAGGAGGUUAGGAAGGUUGAGGAGGCUAAGAAAAAAGCUGAGGAGGCUAGGAAGGCUGAGGAGGCUAAGAAAAAAGCGGAGGAGGCUAAGAAGAAGGCUGAGGCGGCUAAGAAAAAAGCGGAGGAGGCUAAGAAGAAGGCUGAGGCGGCUAAGAAAAAAGCUGAGGCGGCUAAGAAAAAAGCUGAGGCGGCUAAGAAAAAAGCUGAGGCGGCUAAGAAAAAAACUGAGGAAGCUAAGAAAAAAGCUGAGGCGGCUAAGAAAAAAGCUGAGGAAGUAAGAAAAGCGGAGGAGGCUAAGAAAAAGGCAGAGGAGGAUAAGAAAAAAGCGGAGGAGGUUAAGAAGGCUGAGGCAGCUAAGAAAAAAGCGGAAGAAGCUAAGAAAAAAGCUGAGGAAGUAAGAAAAGCGGAAGAGGCUAAGAAAAAAGCGGAGGAGGCUAGGAAAGCGGAAGAGGCUAAGAAAAAAGCGGAGGAGGCUAGGAAAGCGGAGGAGGCUAAGAAAAAAGCGGAGGAGGCUAGGAAAGCGGAAGAGGCUAAGAAAAAAGCGGAGGAGGCUAGGAAAGCGGAAGAGGCUAAGAAAAAAGCGGAAGAGGCUAAGAAAAAAGCGGAGGAGGCUAGGAAAGCGGAAGAGGCUAAGAAAAAAGCGGAGGAGGCUAGGAAAGCGGAGGAGGCUAGGAAAGCUGAGGAGGCUAGGAAGGCUGAGGAGGCUAGGAAGGCUGAGGAGGCUAGGAAGGCUGAGGAGGUUAGGAAAGCGGAGGAGGUUAGGAAGGCUGAGGAGGUUAGGAAAGCGGAAGAGGUUAGGAAGGCUGAGGAGGCUAGGAAAGCGGAAGAAGACAAAAGGAAAGCUGAGGAGGCUAGGAAGGCUGAGGAGGCCAGGAAAGCGGAGGAGGCCAGGAAAGCGGAGGAGGCUAGGAAAGCGGAGGAGGUUAGGAAGGCUGAGGAGGUUAGGAAGGCUGAGGAGGUUAGGAAGGCUGAGGAGGUUAGGAAGGCUGAGGAGGUUAGGAAGGCUGAGGAGGCUAGGAAAGCGGAAGAAGACAAAAGGAAAGCUGAGGAGGCUAGGAAAGCGGAAGAAGACAAAAGGAAAGCUGAGGAGGCUAGGAAGGCUGAGGAGGCCAGGAAAGCGGAGGAGGUUAGGAAAGCGGAGGAGGUUAGGAAGGCUGAGGAGGUUAGGAAAGCGGAGGAAGUAAGAAAAGCUGAGGAAGCUAAAAGGAAGGCUGAGGAGGACAAAAGGAAAGCGGAGGAGGCAAGAGUGGAUGAAGGGGAAAAGAAUAAAAUUGCGCAUGUAAUUAAGGAAGGUGUGGACGAAAAGGAUGAUAGGACGACAAAAGAUAUAUUUUCGAAUAGUGCUGUAAUUAUUGAGGGAGGAAAAGAAGGUAAUUUAGUAGUGAAUGACAGUAAGGAGACUGAGGUUUCUGCAACGAAGGAAGUGGCUGAUUCAUCUAAUAGCGUCAGGGAAGAGUCAAAGGAGGUUCAACAGCAUAAGUUCAAUAAGAAUAAUAUUUCUGGUGAAGAUGGAAAUUCUGAAAGUAAUUCGAAUUCAGAAACAUAUAAUAAAGAAGAUUUCGAAGAGGAAGUCGAAGAAGCGAAAAUGAUAAAGCAGCUUGAUAAUAAUGAUAUGGAGUCGGAAAUACCAAACAGUAAUUAUGCACCCAAAAAUUAUGAAUCGACAGAUGAUAAAUUAGAUAAGGAUGAAUAUAUAAAGAGAAAUGCUGAAAAAACGCGGCAGGAGAUAAUAAAUUUAUCCAAAAAGGACCCAUGUAUUGUUGAUGUUUCUUCAAAGUUUUGCGAUUAUAUGAAGGAAAAUAUAUCUUCUGGUAAUUGUUCUGAUGUAGAGAGAAAAGAACUGUGUUGUUCAAUUUCAAAUUAUUGUUUAAAGUAUUUUAGUUAUAGUUCAAAUGAGUAUUAUAACUGUAUGAAUGAAGAAUUUGGCCACAAGGAUUACAAAUGCUUUCAGAAGAGUAAAGUUUCAAACACGGCUUAUUUUGCUGGAGCAGGAAUAGUACUGAUACUCCUGCUUGUCAUCGUUUCAAAAGCUAUUCUGGGAAAAUGGUUUAAUGAAGCUACUUUUGAUGAGUUCGAUGAAAAUUAUGAGAAAGUCUACACAUUAGCCAUGAUAAACAGGGAACAAAUACAGGAAGCGGGAUCGUUAGAUUUUUCCGGGUACAUGUCUGAUAAAUGA